AUGGCAAUUCAUGUACUAUGUUUCCGGGACAACAAAGAGUUCAAGGGGUUUGAAGAACAAGGCAUUGUUCAAACCAUAGUGGGUGAUCAUGAUGAUGUGAUUGAUUGUGUUAACAUCAAUAAUCAACUUGCAUCCAAUCAUCAUCUUAUGGAUGAUAAUAAUAAUAAAGAUCUAGAGUACGCUUUAGUCCGAAGUCAUGAUGAUCGCUACACUGGAGGAAGUGCAACAUUUAGUGUAUGGAAACCUAACGUCGAAGAUAAUGAAUUUAGUCUAACUCAACUAUGGAUUACUUCGGGACAUGGUGCAAACUUAAAUAGCAUUGAAGUCGGAUGGAUGGGAAACACGGCAAUCGAUAGUAGAAAAUCUGGUUUGCUAAUUAGUAGAGGUUGUUAUGAUAAUGAUUGUGCUGGAUUUGUACAAAUUGAUUUCAGCGUUGAACUUGGUCAACCCAUUUCUCCUAUUUCCACUGUUGGAGGGCCAAUAAGUGAAAUAAAAAUUUUGGUCUACAAGGAUUCAGGUGAGGAUGGACACUGGUGGCUAGAUGUAAAUGGUGUUGACAUAGGAUAUUUUCCUAAGAAUCUCUUCACUUCAUUGAGUGAAUAUGCUCAAAGAGUGGAUUUUGGUGGAGAGAUUUUUAAUAGAAAAAAUGAAGGUCACCACACAACUACUCAAAUGGGAAAUGGCCUAUAUCCCCAUCAAAAUGGAUCAAGUUUUAUAUCUGGAAUUAGAAUAUAUGACCAAGACAGAUAUUCAGUUGAAGGAAUACAACAAAUUGAUAGCACAUGUCCAUGUUAUGGUGUAAUUCUUAUUAAUGAUACUAUAUUUUAUGGAGGAUCCGGUUAUUCUGCAUCCUCCACAUAUGGCUCGCCCUCCAAUUCCCCAGCUCUCUACUCGCCCAUUUCUUAUCCGCCUUCAUCUAAUCCUGUUGUGCGUCCUCCUGGACAGGUUUCAUCUGGUUAUCCGGGACAUCCUCCACACAAAAAUGACAAGAGAAAAGAAGUGGAAAACCUCUGA